UCCCAAAAUUUGUCUGGUUGUCAUAGGAACUCCAUCGGCGAAUUUUUGUUUAUUUUGCUUUAUUGUCUAAUAACAAUCUCAUAAAGGAUACAUUUUCAAGAAUUAAUCAAAAGAAGAAAUAUCAAAAAUGGUUUGGACAAUAAGCAGACCUGAGAGUAAACAUUUAAAUAAAGACACAAGAUGGGAUAGAAUCCGUAAAAAACAUACCAAUAAUUUAAAUGUUAAGACUUCUUUGGUAAAGAAAUUUGUUGAAAUGGACUUUAUCGGUCGAAAUAACACAAAACUAUUGAAUGGAGAAGUUGAUGUAAAAAACAAUUUAAAUCCACUCUUGGUUAUGGAUUUAAGGCAUGAAAUGUUUCAGAAAAAAACAAAUAGUUCACCAAUAAAUGUGAAAAAAUACAAAGCAAAUACUGACAAAUGCAUAAUGCAUAAUUUGGAAGUCGAAGAACACUAUAUUCUUAAUGAACUUUCAAAAUUUAGGGAUCAGUUAGAGAAGAAUCGGCAAAAAUUUAAAAUUAAGCCAGUCAUUUUGGAUAGUGAUCAUGAUCAUUUUAAAUUAAAUAACGUUAAAAUUCUUAAGAGCCUCGAGAACUCAACAAAACAUAUUGAAGAUUUCUAUCAAGCACCUCAAAAAGCAAUGGAACAAUUUGAUAAUUGUCUAGCUCAAGAAGUAAAUGAUUUAAGAGAAGAGAAUUCUGAAAAUGAAAGCUUUUCAAAUUCAUUAAUUGAAGAGAAAACUGGGAAGGCUACUGAUAUGCAUUGUGUACGAUUUGAAGACAAAGUUCAAAUAGUCAAAUACAGCAGAGAGAAUUCAACUUGCUCAAAUACUAGUAAUGGUAUCGACUCUGUUAUAUCUGAUCUAGCUGAAGAAGCACUCAAUGAAAUCGAGAUGGAAAAUGCAUUGGAAGAAGAUGAGUCCACUGACAUUCAAAUAAAAGGAUCUGCACUACAAAAUAAUCUAAACGAUCCUCUGAUUGUAACUAAAAUGCUUCCCGAACAAGAAACUCAAACGAAUGUUGAAAACGAUAAUUCAACAAUUUCAUCCGAAGAACCGGAAGGAAGUUUAUCAAAUGAACAAAACGCUAUUAUCGAGCAGUUAUUCCAGGCUAGAGCACACUCGAAUGUGGGCCUUUUAAGAAAUUAUUUUCUCAAAUGGAUUCACUAUACAACAAUACAAAGAUGUGAGCGUCAGAAUUUCUCAAGUCGAAAUGAUAGAGUUCACAAGAUAAAUGCUUUCCUCGAUCACAUUCGACGAGAAAAAAAGAUUCAAGCAACAUCGAACGUUUCAAAGCCACCAAUAAACGGAGAAACUAAAAUUCAAGCUGCUAACAUUUCGAAAAAAUAUCAAUCAAAAAUUAAAAUACAACAGGACAUCAUAGACUUACAAAGACUUAAACUUGAACGACAAGAGCGACUUAUAACUGAGCUUAAGCUGAAUAAACUGUCCGAUGAGGCCAAAGUAGCUCGUGAAGAGAUUAAAGCCGAAUUGAAGAAUGCAUUGCGGACGGGUGAUUCGAAGGCCCGAGCCAAAGCUAAAUGUUUACAAAUUAUGGGCAAUUUAAGAGAUGAAGAGGAUGAUGAAUUCGCUCGAUUACAGGGUAAGGCUUUGUUACAACCAAAGUUUCUGACAAAUAUGCAGGAACGUGCUUUGGUAAGGAGUGUAAAACAUGAACAAGCCAAACAGCGUCGUCUUCAUCAAGAAGCUGAAAGAGAAGCAGCUAAAAUGGCUGUUGAAGAGGCGAAGCGCCAAGAAGAUGAAGAAGCCAAACGAAUGCGAAUGGAACUUUUGAAGGAAAAGCGUCGUAAAGAGAAAAUGGUAAAAAUUUUAAAAGAGCGUGAACGCCAAAGAGCAAUUGAGAACAAUAAGAAGGCUCAACAAUUCUGUCGGCAUUAUCUUCUUCGACGAAUAGGAAUGGAGGGUUUCAAAAGAUUACUUGAACGAAAAAUAAUAAAUCAGAAAAAGUCAGAUACUUUUCGAAAACAAUUACUCAAGAGAAACACAUUUCGUGCUUGGAAAAAUCUCUAUUUCAUAAUUGUUGAGCGUAAGAAUUAUCUCGCUGAUGAAUUGCAUGCUAAAAUGGUUAUUCGAUGGGCAUUCCAAGCAUGGAUGAACUAUUUGAAUGAAGAAAGAAGUAAAUAUUUGAUAGCAAUCGAUUGGUAUGAAUUGAAAUUGAAUCAAACCAUAAUCACACAAUGGUUGGGUUAUACCAAGUUACAGAAAAUGAUAGAAGAUGUUAAAAUGAAACAAGCUGAACUUCAUCAUCAAUGGCACCUCAAAUGGAAGGUUGUUGACCGUUGGCAGCAGCUUCCUCAGAUUCUUAAAUUAGAAAAAGAAACCAAUGAACGCCGACAGAGGUGGAGAAUGAAGAUCUGGGAAUUACUGCCUGAUUACACACCCAAUCAGGAUAUUAUUUAACUUUAGUCUAGUAAUAUGUUUUGUAAUAAUUUUUUUCUUAAAUCAAAUAAUACUCAUAAAAACAGUA